AUGGCGCUAUCAUGCUUGGAGAAUUUUACAGAUUCAGUCAUAACUUUAUUUGGAGAUGAGUACUUGAGAAGACCCACACCAGCAGAUCUUCAACGACUACUUGACAUUGGCAAGUUUCGCGGAUUUCCCGGCAUGAUAGGAAGCAUCGAUUGUACAUUAAACGAUAUCAAUAUUCUUGAUCGAUCUCCCGACUUUGAUGAUAUUUUGCAUGGUGGAGCUUCUAAAGUUAAAUACAGUGUCAACGGACAUGAGUAUAAAUUGGCUUACUAUCUGACGGAUGCCUCUUUAUUUGCGAGACAACAAGAAGCAGUGCGUAAAGAUGUAGAGCAUGCUUUUGGAGUUUUGCAAUCUCGAUUUGCCAUAGUCAAAAACCCGGCUCUUAUUUGGGAUAAGGUCAAAAUUGAGAAAAUAAUGAGAGCGUGUAUCAUACUGCACAAUGUGAUAGUAGAAGACGAACGAGAUGGGUACACUCUGUUUGAUGAAACUGAAUUCGCACAAUUGUAG